AUGCCUCCUACGCUUAGCUCUCUCCCCUUUCCCCAGCUCCAUCACCAGCACUCAACUGCGUCGCUCCGCGCCUCUCCCUCGCACCGCUCCUGCGAGCUGUGCACCCAGCCGGCCGCUCUCCGCUGCGACGCGGAUUCCGCGUUCCUCUGUGCAACGUGCGACGCGGCAGUGCACUCUGCUAACUUCAUCGUGCUCCGCCACUCGCGCCACCUGCUCUGCGCGCUCUGCAGCAGCCCCACCAGCUGGGAGGCGCCCUCGCCGUUCCAUCAACCCGCCGCUGCGGCGCAGACGCAGGUUCUGUGCGAUUCGUGUCUAGCCGUCGGCGCGGUUAGCGGCAUUACCGGAAACGCGGUUUUCCACACACCGUGCGCGAUGAGCGCGAGCAUGGCUGCGUCGUUUCUCCCCCUCCAUACAUACGCAGCCGCCCUUUCUAGCUCUGCGUUCGUCCCUUCGCCCCCGUCGAACGUCGCUCCCGAAUCGCAGAUUCCCGCCAAGCGUCACAAGGCCAACUCGGAAGAUCUCUUGGCGUUUUCCCAGUACCCGCCCCACGCAAAACUUUCGCAGAUGCCAUCUCAGCAGCAGCAACAGCAGCAGCAGCUCCCUUCGCUGCUACUCGCAGGAACAACCCUGUCGCAAAACAGCCUGGGUACAGCCAAUCAGGGACAGCACCAUUGCCCCUUAUCCUCCUCUUCCUCCUCCUCUUCGCCACCGGAGACCCUCCAGCUGUUCCCAACGGCAACACCGAGCGAAGUAGCGACAGAAAGUGGUGUUGUAACGCCUUCGCAACAGCAGCCCGCACUCACCCAGGCUCGCGUGGUUGCCGACGCAGCGGGUGUCGUUCCGGAUCUAAACGAAUCCCUCUGUAACGAGAAUCAAACGGUACCUGACGCCUCCACGGGAAAGCGACAGCGGCAGGAAGAGCAGGUAGCGGGUCAGGCGCAGAACGUUCUGGGGGGAAGCUGUGCGAACGGGCAGGGUCGGAAUGUUCUUGGGCAGCUUGCAGCUGCCCGGCUAAAGCGCGUUCUUUCCUCCUGGUAUGCCAGGCUGGCGCUUCGUGGGCCGCACGUGUCUGAUCUGGCGUUUCACAUCUUUCAGAAGGUUCUGCGACAGCUCCAGCCUGGCCGGGUGGCAGCCGACUCGCUGAGGGUGACGCUAGCGGCGUGCAUGUGGACGGCCGCUAAGCUAGACGACAACCAGAAGACGCUGCCUAGGGCGUCUGACGUGGCAGCAGUUGCCCGCGUGCCAGCAAAGCGCCUGCAGGCUGCUGAGCUGGAGUUCAUGAUCCGUCCCUCCUCCAUUCCCCUCUUUCUCUCCACCCUUCCGACCCCCCCCUCCCCCCUCUCCUCCCCCCCUCUCUCCCCCCCUCCCCAACCCCAACCCCUUCUUCCCCCCCCUCCCCCAAACCUGUCUUUCUCCAUACCCUCUCCUCCCUUCCCUCCCCUCCCCCCAAAACCCCAACCCCUCACCCCUCACCCCUUCUUCCCCCCUCCCAAACCUGUCUUUCUCCAUACCCUCUCCUCCCUUCCCUCCCCUCCCCCCCAAACCCCAACCCCUCACCCCUUCUUCCCCCCUCCCAAACCUGUCUUUCUCCAUACCCUCUCCUCCCCCCCCUUCCCCAGCAUAUUUGACAUGGUACCGGACGCCAAGCGCCUCUUCUCAAUGACCCCUCCUCCCCAUCAUUGCCACUGCUCCCCUCCCCUCCCACACUCCCCUCUCUCUUCCCCUUCCCGUCCCCUUCCCUCCCUCAAUUCCUCUCGCGUCCCUCACAUUCCUCUUCCGUCCCCCCCGGCUCCUCUUCCCCCCUGGUCCUCCAUGUCAGAUGUGAGAGGUCGUUCUCCCACACACAGUCCCGUUCAUCCUCUCCUGCUGGUGCAUAUCCUUCCCCCCAUUCCCCCUACUACCCAUGCAUGCAUACCCCCCUCCCCCUUUCCCCACCCACGCAUACCCCCACCCCUUUCUCCCUGGUCCACCAUCUCCCAGAUGUGCGAGGCGUUCUGCAGGUGGGACGACCCUGCUGAGGUGGACACACAGUCUCGUGCACAGGAGAUGUGUGAGGCGUUCUGCAAAUGGGACGACGCUGCCCAGGUGGAGAAAUCGGUGCCUUUCUUCAAGGCGCUGGGCGGCCGACACCUCAACUACGGCAUCGAUGGCAACGACUUUCCGGUGUUCCGAACGGGAUUCAUGAAGGCACUGAAGAAGGCGUUUGGGGAGCGGUGGCACGGGGAGCUGGAGGGCGCGUGUUGUGCCGCCUUUGACAUGCUGGAGGGGGUUGCUAGCACUGGCAUGGCGGAGGGCGGGGGGUUCAAACGCAUGCCUGCCUUCAUGCUGGCAUGA